AUGAUUGCGUUACAGGAUUACGAAUAUAAUCUCUCAUGUCCCCUUUACUUCUAUGUCCCGCACUUCUGCCCCUGUCUGUCAUUAAUAUUCAUUAUCACUAACCCAUUAUCCUCCCAGUCUAACCGUCGAAGCAGCACUGGGCGACUUAGAGCUAAGCCAGCUUCAGCUCUGGCCGACGUUGACGAGGCUGAUGAGUUGGAUAUUGAUUAUCUAACUACGCCAGGCUCUACUGGGCAAACUGGACUGGCUACCCACACCUAUUUUGUUGACUCUGAGGAUGCCAGCCGGGCGGCACUGAAUACGACGGGAACAAUGACGCUGACUCGUGGCACGACGCUUACUCGAGUAACCACACGUUACGAUCCUGCACCCAACCAAUCACCUAAUCCUCAUCUCUCUUCAGUGUUUCCUUUCCCAGUCGCCCCAGCGUCGACGAAUGAGACACUGGCAGAGGUACCACAAGUUGUUUCAUUAACUGCACAAAGAUUGGCUGGAGCAGCUGCAGCAACAAGGGAACGCAUGGCAACAAUGAACCGGCAAAAGCCUUUCAGCCGAGUACGAGAUGACUCUACAUCUGAAUAUUGCGGUUCGCCGCCAACCUACCUCGCGGGUGCAGAAUUAGCCAGUACUGAGAGCCUCGAGGUUGCUGGACCAGUUGGGCCUGACACAAGCGAAGUUUCUCGUCUGGGCGGACAGGACGUAUGGGCGCCAGCAUCCCUUGCAACGGAUCCGCCAACCAACAUUACGGUAGCAGCAUAUGACAAAUAUGAUGGACCCGAUGUGAGGUCAGGACGAUAUCCAAGACCUGGAGAUGAUGAAAGCGAUGGAGUCCUUGCUGCCGCUACCGGGAAUAGUGGUGAUAGAUGCGAUGACUCUGAAUUUUCAGGCCAGGUUGGUACCAGUGCAUCAGCAGAACUGCUGGCCAGGAGAGGCACUCGGGCACUCGAAAGAGGUCAGGUCGCUGAGACAGAAGCCAGUUUUCUGGACUUAAUUAGCGCUUCAAUACCUGGCUCUGAUGAGGAAAUUAACGAAAUAGAGAUUGAGGCUAUGCGAUCGCGUGGCUCGCUUGAUUUUGUCGCUGGUGGAACAAGGGCAAACGGCUCUAGGUGCAGAUAG